GAACAGAUUGCACGAUAUGACUCUAUUCGACACAGUAUGAUUAGAUAAGUUAUCUCAUUUUCCUCCCCUAUCAGCAAGAUGCUUUUUAAACGUUGAAGUACAUGCAACAAAGCAAAUCCUACAGAGAAAUCAACAUAAUUCGAAGAGUAGGACGUUAAGAACGUCUUUUUUCCCCUCACUUUUCGAAUAAGUUAAUUGCGUCAUGGCGUCCAUGAAAUCAUCAGCAACGAAGUGUGAUAUCUGCACACAAGAAUACGACACACUGAAAAGAAAACCAAAAUUUUUGGAAUGCUUCCAUACAUUUUGUCUAUUAUGUCUUGAGAAUUGUAAAACCAACGGAACUGUUAAUUGCCCAACAUGCGCCCAAGAUACGGAAUUACAUUCUGAACUAGACAAAAGCCUUCAAACGAACUUCUACAUAAUGAAGCAAUUGGAGAAUCCAAACCUUAUGGCUAUUGCUGAGAGUCCCGAUGUUGAGUCUCCGAAAAAUGUCUUUUACUGGUGCAUUAAUUGCAACACGACUGUCACGAAAAAUACAAGCUGCUUAAAAAUUCACGAUACGCAUGACUUGGAAGAUGAGACCGGAAGAGAGAUGGCCGAAAGUCACCUUAAAUCGCUUUUAAUAACGUGCAAGGCUCACGGGAAUAGGUCUUUGGUCAAGUAUCGAGAGAUGGAAUCGACUUUGAAAGCCGCAAAAAUUGCUCUUCAAGCUGUUGAAGCGCAAAUCGACACCCGCACCAAAGAAACCGAACAUCACAUCACCAAAAUUCAAAAUCAUUUAUCGGAAGUAGCUGAUCAAUUAAGCAAACCAUUAGAAGAAAAAGAAACGGGAGAAAAUAUUCACCGGUUAUUCCAGGAAUACAAUCAACUAAUGAGCGAAUUGAAACAAAAGAAAACGACGGAUUUCGAUUCAAUGCGCAAAGCAAUGGUCUCCGUUGACGUACAAAAUUCAAACAGUGAAAAGCUAUCAAUUCCUCUGCUCAAUCGUGCCCUAAUCAAUUUCCCUGCACAAGGAGCCAACGAACAGGAAUCGAAUAUUUUAACUUCUCUGUUCGUUUUGAUUCUAUUGAGCGUUCAAAUGGAAUCACCAGCAAAAUCUUCUGUGAUGCAGAGAAAGUUGAAAAUGACAAAAGCAAGGCGAAACACAACAGAAAUCAAAUUUCCAGAAGUCCCUGGAAAAGAAGCUGAAAAUAAAAAAAUAGGCAAACCUUUAACACGAACAGCUUCCUAUUUAGCACUAAGGCCAGAGUCAUUUGAACAUACUAAAACGGAUGUGUCCCUAGCAAAUCAAUGUUCCAGCAGUCAGCAAACGGAUUAUGAUAAAACUGGCCAGUUUCGUCCUACCAGGCAAGAGCAACUUAAUACUCGAAAUGAACCCUUGUCAUCGAGUUGGAAUCUAUCAAGCCUAGAAUUUCAACCAUUAAAAACGACCUCUCAAGAGACUUACAGCGUUAGGCCAUCACGGAUGAGGGCAUCGUCGUUGAUGUCAUUAAAAAACACAACAGUUGUCUUUAACCUAGCCGUAAAUGGAAGGCCGUACGGAAAUAUCGUCUUUGAACUUCGACCGGAUUUGGCUCCAGUCAUGUGCCAGCAAUUUGUUCAAAGUUGUCAAGCUACCGAAGGACCCGCUUAUCCUGGAACUGUCAUUUAUCAAUCGAAGCCGAAGACAUACAUCAUGGGAGGCAAAUUUCCAGGACCGGAAGCAUUAUACAUGGCGGAUCUUUCGCCUUUAAAAAAGACCCGCGGAGCCAUCUUUUUCCGAUUAAAACGCGACUAUGUAAAAACGCAAUGCAGUAUUGUGUCGACAGAAUUUUGCAUUCACCUUGGAGAAGAAAGUAACGAAAAUCAUCGAACGUCGACCGUAUUCGGUUAUGUCUGCGAUGGCUUCGCCGUUUGUGAUGCAAUAAGUUACAUGGACUGUAGCAAAGAUCAUAUUGCCAUUGCCUCGGCUAAGAUAGUUGGUUAAACUAUCUCGCUCCUCUGAACUGCAGCUUAUUUUGUAUUGGUACAAUAUUUUGACAUAGAGUUAAAAGUUACAAGUACAUUUAGA